AUGAGCAAGUUCUUCAACUCUUCGUUCAACUCCACGGAGACAAUGCCUGGCGCAGAGGCCAAUCUCGGUUUCAUCCAUGCUGCAAAGGAUCUUAAUAUUCUGUAUGCCUCAGCAGCGGUGACAAUCACUGCUGUAAUCCUUGCCGGGUUCCAAGCAGGUCGUAAACUCUUGCUCCGCAUCUACUGGUUCUUUGAUCAGUUAAUCGGCGGUGCUGCUCAUACGGUGGAUCUUCCAGGUCCUCCUGGUGUUCCGAUGUUUGGUAAUCUUUUGGAGUUGAGAACCGGGCAUGUCAAGAAGAUUGCCGAGUGGACUAAGCAGUAUGGUGAUGUGAUCCGCGUAUCCCUUGGUGAACGUGAAGCAGUCUUCAUUAGCAGUCACAAGGCUCUCGCACAAACCGUCGUCCAACAGGGCCCUUCUUACCAGUCCCGCCCGACCUUCAAGCUCUUCCACAAUGAUUAUGCGUCCAAUGGUAUCUGGACUGUUGGCACCUCGCCUUACAGUGACCGUCUCGCUCGUACUCGCAAGGCUCUCGGAUCCCAGAUUGCUCCCCGUCUGCUUCCUGUGUACACCCCUGUCAUUCACCCCAAGCUUAAGAAGCUUUUCAGUGUCAUCCUCGAGUUGAGCAAUGGUCCCGCCAUUGAUAUGGCUAAGAAGCUCCAUCGUUUUGGUACUGGUCAGGUUUCCGAGCAGCUCAUGGGUACACCUCUCGACGACGACGUUGUAGGAAUGCUCGCGGAGAACGAGACAAACAUUUUCCGUCAACGUACAAUUGGAUCGCCUGUACGCGACUAUAUCCCUGCGCUACGCGCUGUCGGCCUGUUGAGAUACGCAGCCGGCAAGUCGCUCGGUAUCAAGGGUUGGACAUACGACGAAAAGGAGGAGAAGGCACGUGAAUACCGUCAGAAGCAGCAGGGUUACAUUGGCAAGAUGAUCAAGGACCUCCGACAACGCGUUGACGAUGGCGAUCAGACUCCCUCGAUCUUGGGCAACAUUAUGCGUCAGAGCCUGCUCAAGGACGAAGAGGUUCUGUUGGCUUCUUACACUGGUAUUGCCGCUGGUGUCAAUCUUGGCUACUCACUCACCUGGAUCAUCGGUUACCUCGCUGGUCGCCCCGAUCUUCAGAAGAGUGGCUAUGACGCCAUUCGUGAGGUUUACAAUGGCGAGCCACCCGAGCCUCACGACUUUGACCGCGUUGAAUUUGUCAAAGCUCUCCACACUGAAGGUUCUCGCAUUUACACACCAGUCCGUCUCGGAUUUCCCCGUGAGACUCUUGAUGGUGCAAGCUAUAACAGCGUCAAAAUUCCUCGCGGCAUGCUCGUAAUCAUGAAUCUGAUGGCUGCCAACCGUGACCCGGUCGCUUUUGACCGCCCGAACGAAUUUCUUCCUGAGCGUUGGUUGAACGGCUGCAAGGGCCGCACUGAUCUUCAACAGCCAGGCGGCGAAAAGCUGGGUGUCACACACUUGACAUAUGGCGCUGGUCGUCGUGUUUGCCCGGGUAUCGAUAUGGCCAACCGCGGUCUUUACUCGACCCUUGUACUGCUCUUGCACUUCUUUACCUAG